AUGUUCGUUACUGUUUUAUUUUUACUUCAAUGGACCAGUGUAGUGUUAAGUCAAGGUGUAUAUUCUCCUCCAACAUUUACAGAAUCUAGUUGUGCUGAUAAUAAUCAAUGGACAGCUUGGUUCGAUUCAGACGAUCCAAGUUUAUCACUUGGUGAAUUCGAAGUAACUAAUCAUAUUCAACAAGUAUUUGUUUCAUUUAUGUGUCCAAUACCGAUUGCCAUUGAAGCUCGUACGAUAAAAGAAGAAAGUCCAGUACAAACAGGUGAUGUAUUUCGAAUUACACCUAAAGAUGGAUUUCUAUGUAUCAAUCAACAAGUUAAUGGUUUUAAAGAAAAACUAUGCUCUGACUAUAAAGUACGCUAUUGUUGUCCAAAAUCAACAGUUGGGCAAAUAUCAACAACGACAACAUUUCAAACACCAAUUGCUGCUGGUACAAAUACAUGUGGUCGUCAAGCUAUAACACCCAUGAAUCUACGUAUUGUUGGUGGUGUUGAAGCUAUUCCUAAUUCUUGGCCAUGGAUUGUCUCCUUAAGAGUACGCGAUCAUUUUUGUGGUGGUACUCUAAUCGAUAGAAAGCAUGUGCUGACAGCUGCGCAUUGUUUAACCGGUGCUAAUUCUUAUAUUCUUCGAGUAGUUGCUGGCUUACAUCAACGAUUAAAUACAAAUACAGGACGUACACAAGUUAUGAGUGUUUCACGUAUAUUUCUACAUGAACAAUAUAAUUCAAGGACGCAUGCCAAUGAUAUUGCUAUUAUUCGUCUUUCUCAACCAGCUCAACUAAAUACAUAUGUCAAUAUAAUUUGUCUACCAGGACCUGAUCCACAAGAAACAGAACCAGUUACUGUAGCUGGAUGGGGAUCAACAUAUUUCGGUAGUCCAUUACCAAAUAGUCUUCGACAAGUUACAAUGCAAGUAACAAAUACAAAAGCAAAAACAUCGUAUCCAGCUUAUUUCAAUGCUCAACGACAAAUCGGUGCUAAUAUGCCGUAUACUGGUGGUAAAGAUAGUUGUCAAGGUGAUAGUGGUGGUCCUUUAAUGUACAAUAGUAAUGGACAAUGGCAUCUAUCGGGUGUAGUUAGUUUUGGUUUUGAAUGUGCACGUGCAAAUUAUCCCGGUGUUUAUACACGUACGAGUGCUUAUCUUAACUGGAUUUAUAAUAAAAUAAAUGCGCAAUAA